AUGACUUCCAAUCUACUAUCUCAUUGUUGUACCAUGGGCUCUCUCCACGAGGGAGAAGCCAAGGGUGAAAUCAAAACCAUCAGCGAUAUCUCAACAUACUUUGCAUAUCCACCCACCAAAUUCACCGAAAACGCCAUCCUCAUCUUGACCGAUGUAAUAGGGCACGAAUUUAUCAAUGCCCAGCUUAUCGCAGACCAAUUUGCCGCCAAGGGCUACUUUGUCGUCAUGCCAGAUCUAUUCAACGGUGAUUCUGUCCCGCUCAACAGACCAGAAGGCUUCAGCAUCAUGGACUGGUUGAAAAACCACAUGCCCAUGCAGACAGAGCCUAUCAUUAAUGUAGUACUUAAUGAGAUGCGCGAAAACCUUGGAUGCAAACGUAUCGGUGGUGUGGGCUAUUGUUUUGGCGGGAAGUAUGUCUGUCGAUAUCUGAAGCCAGGCAAGCUGGAUGCUGGAUUCAUAGCACAUCCGACGAUGGUUGAACCAGAUGAAUUGAAGGGUAUAGAGGGGCCGCUCAGUAUUGCAGCCGCUGUGCGAGACUUUGUCUUUACAACUGCCAAACGGCACGAGAGUGAGGAGAUCUUGGAUGGUCUGCACGUUCCAUAUCAAAUAAAUGUGUUCUCGGAUGUGGAACAUGGGUUUGCUGUUCGGUGUGAUUUGUCGAAGCCUCGUCAGAAGUUUGCGAAGGAGCAGGCCUUUGACCAGGCUGUGGCAUGGUUUGAUCAGUACCUCAAGGAAUGA